CUCCUCCGCACCCCAGCCCUAGUCUCCGGCGGCCGACGCAGCAAGAUGGUGAAGGGACGCUCCGGCCAGCGCGUCAGGCUCUACGUCCGCGGCACCAUCCUCGGAUACAAGAGGUCCAAGUCGAACCAGUACGAGUCGGCCUCGCUGGUGCAGAUCGAGGGGGUGAACACCAGGGAGGACGUGGCCUGGUACGGCGGCAAGCGCAUGGCCUACGUCUACAAGGCCAAGACCAAGAGCAACGGCACCCACUACCGCUGCAUCUGGGGCAAGGUCUCCCGCCCGCACGGCAACACCGGCGUCGUCCGCGCCAAGUUCACCUCCAACCUGCCGGCGGAAGCCAUGGGGCGCAAGGUCAGGGUCUUCAUGUACCCGAGCAGCAUCUAAAGGUAAUUUGGAAGUGCAGAAGAUUCUGCUCAUCUGUUAGGGAGUCUUGUGAGAUGGAUUCAGGCCUAGUUGGCAAGUUGAACUUCUGUUUCCCUGAGAACUGUAGUUUUUUCUGUUACCUGGAAUGUGUGGAUCACUCAUUAUAUGAUGUUAUAUUCAGUUGGAACUUUAAGUUGUGUUUUGGCUUUUGGCUGCUUCUGUGUUACAACCAUCCUAUCUGAAUGAGAGAUGAUUUUGCUCU